AGAUGGUUUAAAGCUUGAAACUGAAUUAUUGGAUGGAAAAACCAAGCUAAUACUAUCUCCAUAUGAACAUAAAUCAAACAUUUCUAUGAAGUCCCAGCUGCUUGGGAAGCUGAACCUAGAGGACUGAUUGCUGACCUGAUACCAUAAGCCAGAGCUCAUCUCAAAAAAGGAGGAAAGAUUUUUCAUGGAUAUUUGUACAUGUGAGAAUCAGUAAUACAGUAAAGGCCAGAUGUGACACACGCUGUAAUCCCGGCACUAGGGAGGCUGAGACAGGAUUGCUGUGAGCUUGAGGCCAGCCUGGGCUGCAAAAUGGGCAGUAAGACUAAGAUGGCACAAUGGCCCUUACGAUCAAAACAACCGAGGAACAGCCUCAAGUCAACACAAAAUGCUUUUAUUGGAAACAAAAAAAUUUUGCAAAAGAAGACAGUUGGUUUGGAAACUUCACAAGCAAGAUGUGAAAAAAGUAGAAUGACAUUCUCACCCACUCAGGAUUUACGUAAGCCAUGUACAGAUGAAGAUGGUCUUCUCACACAAAAAGAACGUUCACCUGCAGCCCCUAAUGUGCAGAAGACUAGAAAUACCACAAAUACAUCUCCAGGAGCUAAACAGAUGCCUUGCAAAAAGCAUAUCACAGCUGAAAAUAUGAAUAGCGGUUUGGUGUGUCUUACACAAGAACAACUGCAACAAAUUUUGAUGACUGCAAACCAAGGGAAAGGAUCAGUUUCCCUGACUGAGAUUGAAAAGGAGGUAGAAACAAAUCAGGAUAGACUGCAUUUAAACAGUAUUCCUAAUCAGCCAAAGAAAGAGAACACUAUAGGAUUACUCAGCAAAACCAUUUCUCCUAUCCCAAAUGAAAUUGAAUCUGUGGUUAAUGAAAGCCAGAAGACAUUGAAACAGUAUGAACAGAAAAUCAUCAUAGAAAAUGAAUGGAAACCAGCUGACAUUUUCAGUACUCUUGGUGAAAGGGAACGUGAUAGAAGUUUAUUGGAAGCAAAAAAAGCCCAAUGGAGGAAAGAGCUAGAUGAACAGGUUGCUUUAAAGAAGAAGGAAAAAGCAGCCUGUGAAAAACAGAAUAAUUUUGGGGAAAAAUCUGAAAAUGAUAAAAUAACAUGGGAAAAACUUCAAAUUCUUGACCAAUCUAGGACUCCUGUUGGCUCUUCAGAUGUUCUGUCACAGUCUCCUUGUCAGAGUAUGGUGGGCGAGCCUGAGGGACCUUCAGUAUGCAAGGCUAGUCGUGUUUUAGAGGGUGAAGAACAUGAUCAAUGGGCGGUGCAUUCUGAUUCAUUAAAGAGUCAUCCUGAUUCUCGGUCUCAGCUGUGCUCUCCAUCUCAGUCAACAUACAGACAGCCAGAGUACUUCUGUGUCUCUCCUGACACUAGGACACUGGCUGAUGUUGGCAGUAUUUAUACAUCUACAACCAGAAGGCAGCUUGAACCUUCAGAGGAUGAGCAGGUAGCAAAGCCUGUUAGUGAUGUGGCUGUGGCAAACAAUCAGAAAACAAACUUUCUUCGCUCUAUGACUGCUCUGUUGGACCCAGCACAGAUUGAAGAACGAGACAGACGGCGACAAAAACAGUUAGAACAUCAGAAAGCAAUCACUGCUCAGGUGGAAGAGAAACGCAGGAGAAAGCUGUUGGAAGAAGAGCAGAGAAAGAAGGAAGAACAAGAGGAGGAUCGUCGCCUAGCACGGGAACAAGAAGAGAUGCAGAAACAGUAUGAAGAAGAUAUUCUUAAGCAAAAACAAAAGGAAGAAAUCAUGGCUCUGAAGACAAGUGAGCUCUUCCAGACAAUGCAGAGAGCACAAGAGCUGGCUCAGAGACUAAAACAAGAACAGAGAAUCCGAGAACUGAUUCAGAAGGGACAUGAUACUUCCAGAUUGGCUAAAAAUCUUGGUGCUGAUACAUCCAUUAGCUCUUCAAAUUCAAGAUGCGGCUCUGAUGAAGCUGGUGGUAGAACAGAUACAUGUAUCAGCUCUGCGACUUCUCCCAAGAAGGAUACUGGUGUGCAAACAGAUGGCUUUAACACAGGACUAUUUACCAGUGCUGAACCACACUGUGGAUCAAUAGAGAGAGAAGUUAUAAAUUGUUCAUCUGAGAUGGCUGCAGAAUUUAGCAGACAGUUUAACAAAGACAAGCAAGAACUAAGUGAGGAUAAAGAAGCCAACUUAGAAAAAGAAAACAGUUGUUAUGACCAGUGUAAUCACUUUUUAAGAACAGAGAAGAAACAAAUAAAACAUACAAAGCAAUGUCUUAAGAGGCCUGAUUGGAAUAUAAGCAAGCCUCUCAAAAGGUAUGUUCCAGCAUCAGAAAAGUACCCUAAACAGCUUCAAAAGCAGAGAGAAGAAAAAAAGAUACGACGACAGAUGGAACUGCUUCAUUUGGUAGAGAGAAAUAACCCUGAGCACCUUUGUCAAAAUAGAGGCACGUCACCAGAAAUUCAUCCAUCUCAAGAAACUGAUCCAGUGGUCAGGUGGCAUCUGUUCAAAAAGGAAGAACCACCUCAGAAAAUUUAUUCAUUCAGCAAAGAAAGGUUUCAAUCAUCACCAGUUCCACCAAUGAAAAGCAGGACACAACAAACUCAGACUACUGCAUUCCACUUACCACUAAAAAAUAGUAGCUAUGAAAGAGAGAAUCUGAUGCUAGGAGAUAGUCCAACAGAAUUAUCAGGAGGGAUGCCUGAAUUGCCCCAUUUUAUUCCCUAUGUUCGAACAAAUGAGAUCUAUUACCUGGAUCCAGAUGCACCACUGUCUAGGUCUUCAACUGAGGACCCUCAGUACCAAAAUAAUUCCUAUGAUUGUGACCAAGAACAGCUAUUCAGCUGUGACCAAGUCAAGGAUCCACUUCUUAAUCCUAACUUGCUGAAAAAGAGAGAUAGACAGCAAGCAAUCCUUAAGGGACUAUCAGAACUGAGACAGGGCCUUCUCCAGAAGCAAAAGGAGUUGGAAACUAAUCUCAUGCCUUUAGCUGCAAAUCAAGAAAAGAAUUUUAGUUCUUCAUUUAAAAUUUAAAAAGCAGUUUGUCUUCUAAAUGAUAAAAUGUGCUCAUUACUCAACUGUAUUCAAAUAGCCUAGUUCUGUUUUUCAAAUGGUCACUAAAAAAACUGGCACAUUAUAUAGUAAAAUGUUUUGUCUUAAUAUUUUCUGCUGUCACAGUCUGUUUAUUGUAAAGUCUUAAUUUUAUGAUCUAUUAACAUUGUUCUUCCAAAUUUGUAAUACCAGUCAUACAUGUUGUUGAAUAAAAAGUUCUAGGUGCCACAUCUAGGCUGUUACUAAAAAUAACCAAAUUCAGUCUAUGCUCCUAUAAGUUUCUCAUUGCUUUAAAAUGUUUUUAUGAUUUUUAUUAUAGAAACUGCAAUUUUCAAAAACACAGAGGUCAAUUUUCAUAAAGAGGCUGAAGCAGGAGGAUCACAGUGCGUAAGAGGCCAGUCUGAACUGAUUAGUGAAAUCUUGUCUCAAAGACUUUGAAAAAAAAUAACAGAAAAGAGAGGCACUAGAUAUGGGUUAGAUAAAGGUUUGAAAUCUAUUUCCAUCAUAUAUUUUAUGUGUGAAUUGACUGUAAGACUAAGGUGCUGAAUAAAUGGUUAAAUAAGACCACUCAAAAAUAUACAUCUAAGAAUACAAGUUCCAAAUUGUUUAAUGCCUUUGCUAACAAUAGAAGCCCCAAGUUUUAAAACUGAUUUGGUCAAUGAUUAUUACAUAAGCACUGAAAAUCACAAUUAUUAAAUACUAUCAAAAUCAAAACUGAAGUGAGCUGAAUUUUAGACAUCCAAGCCUAUAAGAUUAAAAAAUAAUUCUGCUUGCUAUUAAAUCCUACUAAGUUCUUGAGGUACAAAGCCAAAUUCUUAUAAAUACUAACAUCACUGGCUUAUACCUGUGUAAAACAUUAUACAAAAGCUUAAAUCAAAAUAGUCUAUUAUCUAACAUUAGAGGAAAAAAGUGAAACCACUGCUUUUUACCAUCCUUCUAUAAACAUCUAAUUUUACAUAUAAAACAGGCUUCAAUUUGAAGCUCAAGUACAGGUAACAGACAACACAGAAUUUUAAAAGUGCCAACAUGAGAAUUCAAGUACAAUAUAUGUUAGAAAUAUAUAUAUUUAUUUCAGUUUUCAGACGUUUAAACUGUUACAGGCCAUCAUGAUUUAAAUAGGAGGAAAUAAACAUUUCAGAAAGGGUAAGAAACCUUGUGUUCAAAGAAUAUAAAUUGGUAAUUCACUGUUAAGAAACAGAAGAGGUCUGCAACCUGUUUUUUUAAAAGUUACUGUAUCUUUUUUCAGCAUGGCCUGGAAGAAUCUUUUUUUUUCUCCAAUUUAACGGAGAUUAGACUGAGUAUAAGCAGGUAACACGUAACUUUCAUUUUGAGACUGACUUGAUGAAAGGGCGUAUGAUGUUCCCAGGAAAGUCUGAUGAGUGAGAACAUUAAAAUGACUGAACUGAUGGGACAUAUUUAAUGGACUCUGAGAAACCUGAAAGAUGCUGUAUGAAUCUUGUUCUGCCGAACUGCUGUUUUCUCCUUCAGGACACACUGUAUCAAUAGAAGUUCUCUCCUCAGAAUCAAUUUGGGAAGUCUUGUCUUCUAAUAAACCUUUUUGUAUGUCAAGGGA